AUGCCCAAGAAGAAGCAGCGGCGCUGCAGGGAGGAGAAACCGACAGCAGCAGCAGCAGCAACAGCAGCAACAGCAACAGCAGCAGCAGCAGCAGCAGUGCAUGCAUGCAGGCGUAUAGCAGCUGUUGCUGUGCUGCGGGAGAUAUGUUUGGGGCUGGCUAGGUUAUUUCCUGCUGAGGUAUUUGCAUGCGCUGGCAGCGAGCUGCUGCAGCAGCAGCAGCAGCAGCAGCAGCAGCAGCAGGUGCUGCAGCAGCUUGCUGCUGCCCUUUGGGGAGCGCUGCAGGCUCUAACGAGUUUGCUGCAGCAGCAGCAGCAGCAACAAAUGCUGCUGCUGCAGCAGCAACAGCAGCAAGAGCUCAUCCUCAGUGCUGCUGCUGCUACCAGCAGCUCGCUGCGGCACCAGCAGCCAGCAGCAGCAGCAGCAGCAACAGCAGCAGCAGCAGCAGCAGCAGCAGCAGCUAUCGAAGUCACACUAUUGCAGCAGUGA